UGCUGCUGGGGAUCCCGUCAUGCUAAGUCCCUGCUCAUCCACUGACAUCUGGGAGUCACUCUAGACAUGGUGCUGGCAGAAGCUCACAGACCGUGCUGGACACUGGGUUAUUGCCUGUGCUCGCUGCUGCUACCUUCCAUAUUGCUGAUCAUAGCCCGGCCAGGGAAACUUGAAGCUUUUCCUACCUCCUUAAGUGACUGCCAAACCCCUACAGGCUGGAACUGUUCUGGUUUUGAUGACAGAGAAAAUGAUCUUUUUCUAUGUGACACCAAUACCUGUAAAUUUGAUGGAGAGUGUUUAAGAAUUGGAGACAGUGUGACAUGCGAUUGUCAGUUCAAGUGUCAGCAUGAUUACAUCCCAGUGUGUGGCUCAAAUGGAGUCACGUACCCAAAUGAAUGCUACUUAAGAGGAGCUGCCUGCAAACAGCAAAGUGAAAUACUGGUGGUGUCUGAAGGUUCAUGUGUAACAGAGGGAGGUUCCGGCUCUGGUGAUGGGGCAAAUGAAGGCUCUGGGGAAACAAGUCAAAAGGAGACGUCGACUUGUGACAUCUGUCAGUUUGGAGCAGAAUGCGAUGAAGACGCAGAGGAUGUCUGGUGUGUGUGUAACAUUGACUGCUCCCACAUCAGUUUCAAUCCAGUUUGUGCUUCCGAUGGGAAAUCUUACGAUAAUCCAUGUCAAAUCAAAGAGGCAUCGUGCCAGAAACAGGAGAAAAUUGAAGUCAAUUAUUUGGGUCGAUGUCAAGAAAAUACAACAACAAAAUCAGAAGACAGUCAUUAUGCACGGACAGACUAUGCAGAGAAUGCAAAUAAAUUAGAAGAAAGUGUUAGAGGAGCACAUAUUUCCUGUUCGGAUGCUUAUGAUGGCUACUGUAAACAUGGCAAAUGUGAACAGUCAAAUAACAUGCUGGAGCCUUAUUGCAGAUGUGAUGCAGGAUACAGUGGAUCAAAGUGUGAAAAGAAGGACUUUAAUGUAUUAUAUGUAGUUCCUGGCCCUGUACGCUUCCAGUAUGUAUUAAUAGCAGCGGUGAUUGGUACCAUUCAGAUUGCCAUAAUCUGCGUUGUAGUUCUUUGUAUAACAAGAAAAUGUCCAAGAAGCAAUCGGAUCCACAGGCAAAAGCAAAACACAGGCCACUACAGUUCAGAUAACACAACAAGAGCAUCGACACGGCUAAUUUGAAGCAUGUUUCCACAAUGGCAAAACUUCCAGAGGAGACCUUGGACUAGAUUAAUAUUAGUCAAGACAAGG